GCCUACCCACGUGCUUUCUUCCUGUAGGCUGUAACUGUUGGUGAAGAAGCUGAUCAAAAAUGAAGAAGCAAGUCAUUAGUCGUGAAUCUGACACGACAAAGAUCAUUGACCGGAUACAGUUUAGUUUGUUCUCUCCCAAUAAAAUACAGCAGCAGGCUCACGUCCACGUCUUCAACAGUGCUCUGUACGCUCAGGACUCCCGUAUUCCCGUACCUUUUGGCGUUCUGGAUAAUAAAAUGGGUACUAAUCAAAAAGACUCAGUCUGUAAGACUUGUGAUAAAUCGCUGAGCGACUGUGUCGGUCACUAUGGUUACAUUGACCUUCAACUCCCUGUGUUUCAUGUCGGUUAUUUUCGUAAUACAAUCUCAAUCCUUCAAGUUAUUUGUAAAACCUGCAGCAGAGUGUUAGUGACUGGAACCGACAGACAGUCUUAUUUUGAUUUACUCUCUCGACCUUUCAUCUCUUCCCUUGCAAAGAAAACCAUUUUCAAGAAAAUCAACGAGAAAUGCAAGAAAAUAUCAACAUGUCCACACUGCCAAUCUACAAAUGGCUCGGUCAAGAAAUGUGGAGUUUUUAAGAUAUUACACGAAAAGAUAAGAAAAGAAAAGAAAUUCCAAUCAGAGAGUAGCGCCUUUCGAGAGACUUUCGCUGAAGCUGUCAUUCACAACAGGGACCUUGAGCAGUACUUGAAUAAAGCACAGGAGAUACUGACCCCGCUAAAAGUAUUGAAUUUAUUUCGUAAUAUUCCCGACGAGGAUAUUGUACUCCUUGGUAUGACACUGGCAGCUGGUAGACCCGAGGAUCUAAUAGUAACUCGUUUACUUGUCCCGCCACUUUGCAUUAGACCCUCUGUUGUAUCAGAUACUCAAGCUGGAACUACCGAAGAUGACGUUACUAUUAAGUUGAGGGAUAUUAUUUUUGCUAACGACGUCAUUCAUCGUCAUCGGACUACUGGAGCUAAAGUUGAAAUGAUACUAGAGAUGUGGGAUUAUCUUCAGUUGCAAGUUGCUCUCUAUAUUAACAGUGAAGUGUCUGGCAUCCCGCCUUCAAUGAUACCAAAGAAGACAACUAGGGGCUUUGUUCAGAGGUUGAAGGGCAAGCAGGGACGUUUUCGUGGUAAUCUCUCCGGGAAGCGUGUCGAUUUCUCGGGCCGUACUGUCAUCUCUCCUGAUCCAAAUAUGAGGAUCGAUCAAGUUGCUGUUCCCAUUCACGUUGCAAAGAUAAUGACGUAUCCAGAAAAGGUUACCAAACACAACAUUGGACUGAUGAGACAGCUGGUGAUCAACGGUCCUGAUAAACAUCCUGGAGCCAAUUUCAUGACACACAAGGGACAAAAUAAAAGGUUUUUGAAGUACGGGGAUAGGAAGAAAAUUGCAUCAGAGUUGAAGCAUGGCGACAUCGUGGAGCGCCACAUGAUUGAUGGCGAUGUCGUCUUAUUUAAUCGACAACCUUCGCUUCAUAAACUGAGUAUUAUGGCACAUUUUGUGAAGGUUAUGCCCCAUAGAACCUUCAGAUUCAAUGAGUGUGUGUGUACGCCAUAUAAUGCUGACUUCGAUGGAGAUGAGAUGAACCUUCACUUGCCUCAAACUGAAGAAGCUAAAGCUGAGGCUCUCGUACUAAUGGGAGUCAAAUCAAAUCUUGUUACUCCUCGAAAUGGUGAGCCGCUGAUUGCUGCUAUUCAGGAUUUUAUAUCAGCAAGUUUUCUCCUGACACAAAAAGAUGUUUUCUUUGACAGAGCUCAAUUCUUUCAGAUUGUAUCUGCAAUGCUCAGUAAUCACGAUUCUAAUAUUAAGAUAGACAUACCACCUCCAGCUAUCAUUAAACCUGUUAAACUGUGGACUGGAAAGCAGGUCAUGAGUGUCCUCAUUUCUCCCAACAAGAAGUCGAAUGUUAUAAUAAACCUGAGGGCUAAGGGGAAGCAGUACACUAAAGGAGAAGACAUGUGCUCCAACGAUUCUUUUGUUGUUAUACACAAUAGCUCACACUUGUGUGGUAGUCUAGACAAGGCCACCUUAGGCUCAGGCUCAAAGAACAGCAUCUUCUUUGUCCUCUUAAGAGAUUAUGGGGAGCAAGAAGCUGCAGACUGCAUGUCAAGACUGGCACGACUCACUCCAUAUUACCUCAGUAACAGAGGUUUCUCCAUUGGUAUUGGUGAUGUUACCCCAGGACGUGGCCUGGUGAAUGCAAAGAACAAACUAGUGGAAGAAGGUUAUGCUAAUUGUGACCAAUUCAUUCAAAGUUUUUUGGACAAGAAACUUCAGACCCAACCAGGCUGCACUGCAGAUGAGACUCUAGAGGCGAAAAUUGUUCACGAGUUGUCAAAGAUUCGAGAGGACUCUGGCAAAGUUUGUAAGACCGAGCUCCAUCCGACCAACACUCCUUUAAACAUGGCACUCUGUGGAUCUAAAGGAUCAUUCAUUAAUAUAUCACAAAUGAUUGCUUGUGUUGGGCAGCAGGCUAUAUCUGGGAAAAGGACGCCUGAUGGUUUCGAAGAUCGCACCCUUCCACACUUUCCAAGAAAUUCUAAAGCACCCGCAGCAAAAGGCUUUGUGAAGAAUAGUUUCUACACAGGCCUUGUCCCUACAGAAUUCUUCUUCCACACUAUGGGUGGCAGAGAAGGUCUUGUAGACACUGCAGUUAAAACUGCUGAAACUGGUUACAUGCAGAGACGACUAGUAAAGUCAUUGGAAGACCUUUGUUGUCAUUAUGAUAACACAGUGAGGGAUUCUGAUGGUCAUAUAGUCCAGUUUAUUUACGGUGGGGAUGGACUAGACCCUGCUGCAAUGGAAGGAAAGGACAAACCUGUGGAUUUCACUCAUGUUUUGCAUCACGUUACAAUGAAGUUUCCUUGUAAAUCUGAGCCAGCAUUGUCCCCGCUUGGUUUUCAAAAGCUUUUCGAUCAGUUUUGUGACUACAAGAGAUUCCAUUUGUGCAAUGACACUUUUAAAACUGAAUUAAAAGAUUUUUUAGCCAAGAAGAUUUCAAAGCUGCAAGGUUUGUGGUCAUUCUUCAAUAUUACCGACACCACUAGUGAAAACAGUGACAAUAGUGAUAUCACUUAUAUCUCACCUGUUUUGUACCAGUUGGGGAGAAUCACUUCUACUCAGUUUUGGACAUUUGUUGAUACAUGCAUUGACAAGUUUCUAAAGUCAAGGAUAGAGCCAGGUUCUGCAGUGGGUGCAAUCUGUGCUCAGAGUAUUGGAGAGCCAGGGACACAGAUGACACUAAAGACAUUUCAUUUUGCAGGAGUUGCUUCUAUGAAUAUCACUCUGGGCGUUCCGAGAAUCAAAGAAAUCAUCAACGCCGCAAAGACAAUCAGCACUCCAAUCAUCAGCACCAGUCUAGUGAUUGAAGAUGAUCCAGAAGCUGCACGACUUGUCAAAGGACGAAUAGAGAAAACCUUAUUAGGAGAAGUGUCACGUUACAUCGAAGAAGCUUAUGAAGUUGAUGGUUGUUUUCUGUGCAUUAAAUUGGAUAAAAGACGAAUACGUUUACUCAAGUUGGAAAUAAAUGCUGACAUAGUACAGAACUCCAUACUAAACGCUCCCAAGCUGAAACUGAAGCCAACCCACAUAUCCAUCAGGGACAAAUGGACCUUAUUCAUAUAUCCCCCAGAGACUGAAAAAACAUCCGAGUACUAUAUGAUGCAGAAACUUAAGUUCGCCUUGCCUCGUGUUGUUAUCAAGGGCAUUAAUUCAGUCUCUCGUGCUAUUAUCCAUCAGGAUGAAAGCAAUGGGAAGACUAAAUACAAGCUCCUUGUUGAGGGUCUCAAUCUUAGAGCUGUUAUGGCAACGCAUGGUGUGAAAGGGAACUCUACUACGUCAAAUCACACGAUUGAAGUUGAAAAGACACUUGGGAUUGAAGCAGCAAGGCAAACAAUAAUGAAUGAGAUUGCUUAUACUAUGGUUAACCAUGGCAUGAACAUUGAUGCAAGACACAUUAUGCUACUUGCUGAUUUGAUGACAUUCAAAGGAGAAGUUCUUGGAAUUACUCGUUUUGGUUUGGCCAAGAUGAAAGAGAGUGUCCUAAUGUUAGCUUCGUUUGAAAAAACUAGUGACCACCUGUUUGAUGCUGCUUUUCAUGGACAGUCUGAUGUAGUCAAUGGAGUUAGUGACUGCAUUAUAAUGGGUAGGCCAAUGUCACUGGGUACUGGCAUGUUUCAGCUUCUAUUCAAACCAAGCAGAACUCCGUUGCCUACAAAAACUUCUCUUAUUUUUGAUACACCUGACUUACAUUUGCCUCAAUGUACAAUUUAAAUGCUCCAACUUUAUUUGUGAAUUCCUUAUUCGUGUGUCAUCAUUUUUUGUAUACAAGUGCAGCUGUGCGUUGUAACUA